AUGCUGAUUUACAAUCUUCACUUUGUUUUAUUGAUAUUGAUUGUUGCCAUUUUUAGAAGCUGUUCGACUAUACCUCGAAGAGGAUUGGAGCCUUGGUCAAUAAUAUUAUGCAAAUUUCGCGAUCUGGCAACAUAUGAGCCUAGAACAAAAAAUUGGUUUAUCCGAUGGAUUACUGGUCAUAAUGAUGAACAUGAUACAAUUGAAAAAUACUUUAUGAAUGUUUCUAAUGGUUUGUACUCUAUCGGGGGGAGCAAUGUAAAUGGUUGGUUUACACUUUCUAAAACACAAAAAGAUAUUCUUCGUAUGGUCGACAAAUCAAGACGCGGCAGAAUAAAUCCUCCACUUCUUGGUUCGGAUUCCAGUUUUAGGGUAUUUCCUUAUGCCUCAUCUGGGGAGUAUGACGAUAGAUAUGAUUUGAUGAGUACUGCUAAUGCCUACAUGUAUCACUCCAACUUUGGAAUGAGUGGUCCAGGUCUUAACGGUCCACAUCUGGACUACCUGGGAUGGCUACCUAUGGAUAGAAUGCUUUAUUUCGGAAGGUGUAAUCUGUUUUGUAUAUUAAUUUUAAAAGCAGAUUUUAGAGAGAGCGGGAACAAUUAUACUCUUCGUCUCUCAUCAAUUAGUGUUCCUCAUAAUCAAACGCGAGGUUGGCUUCUUAUAAUGCUUCCCUACGAUCGUGAUGACCCAAAUAAUUACUACACAAUUGAGCUUAGAACACCUCAUAAUUUUGAUCGAGGAAUUGAGCAGGCAAAUUAUGAAAUUUUAAACAUUUACAUACGAAUUUAG